AUGAAGCUCCGCUCCACCGUCAGGAAACUUCCUUGGCUCUGGCUCCUGUGGGGGCUCUCAGGCAUUUGGGCCCAAACAAAGGUAAUCAGUCUAAGUACUAAUGAGGGACAGAAGGUGGUGUUGAAGGCCUCCUACAACCCAGAUCCAGCCAGUGACCUGAGCACUAACACAGUCAUCUGGAACUAUGUCACAAACGUCAGCACGCAGCAGAUCAUCAGCUACACCAAAGGAUCCGUGAACCUGGGCUCCUCCCAGUUCAGGGGCCGUGCUGGUUUUGUUGCCAGCAUGCCAUCACAGGACGUGUCUCUGUACAUCAACAACACCCAGGAGUCGGACUCAGGACGGUACUUGUGUCAGGUCAUCGUUCCAUCUGUGUCUCCUGUGGAGUUUGAUCUGGAUGUGAGAGUCCCUCCGUCUGUUCCUAAGUGCUCUUUGUCAGAGAAGCCGGUCCUGAAAGGAAAUGUGACUUUAACGUGCUCGUCCGGUACUGGGAAGCCCAUCCCACUCUACAAGUGGAAGAAAACCAGCCCCACCUCGGAGGUCUUCUUUUCACCAAUGCUCAAUGAGAAGACUGGGAUGCUGAAGUUGAGCAACUUGAGCAGCAACAUGUCAGGGAAGUACGUGUGCAAUGCGAGCAACACAGUUGGAUCAGAGACUUGCUUCAUCAACCUGGAGAUAGUUGGCUCCAAUAAAGUUGGAAUGAUUAUUGGCGCGACAGCGGGAUCAGUGCUGGGCUUCAUCUUCCUCCUCUUUGUCUGCAUUAUUUUUAUGUUUUUUUUCAAGAGACGACAAGAAAACGAGGAUGACAUGGCCAAUGAAAUUAAGGAGGAUGCUCAGGCUCCCAAGCGAGUGUCCUGGGCAAAGAGCGGUAUGGGUUCUGAUGUCAUCUCCAAGAACGGCACCCUGUCCUCCAUCGCUUCCAGUCCACGCCACAAAGAGUCCUCCUACCCCCAUAACCACCAACUGCAGCAGUACCCCCAGCACCCUGCCUCAGACACCGCCUCCAUCAUCACAGCUACGGGCAGCACCGCUGGGUACCGGCCACCCCGCCACCAUGGGGCAUCCACUCCCACCCACUACAACUACAACAAUAGCAGCACCCUACCACAUGGACAGCCCAUCUCCUCGGACCCCCCCACCGGGGGGAACCCCCUCUCAGUACAGGAGCAUUGCAGCCAGCUGCCCCAGGCCCAGGCCGUGCCUCAGACCUUCAGCCAACCGCAGGGUGCCCCCUUCCCACCACCGCUGCCCACGUCCACCUUCACAGCUUCCAACAUCAGCCGCAUGGGAGGGGUGCCCAUCAUGGUGCCUGCUCAGAACCAGGCCGGGUCUCUGGUUUAACAGGAAGUCCCAGAGGGUCAGCUCUGAAGAAAAACACUUGGAGAAGAUGAAACCAGAAGCAGAAACUCCGAUCUGCUGGUCACCUCUUUCAUUUUCACUUUUUAGAUUUCAUUUCACUGUUUAUGUCUCAAAUUGUGGAAAGUUAUUAUUUCCAUACAGUUUUUUACCCC